GGAAACAUAGCUAUCCAAACAUACCACCCCGCAAAGUCCUGACUCAAACCACCACUCCCUCCAUUCGCUGCGUAUCGUACCACCAUGAGUAUAUCUUCAAUCACCUAAGGCGCCUUCGGAAUCCAUGAAGAAAAACACAGAAACCCGGUAACAGGCUGCGAAAACCUCCGAAACCAUCCAACAAUCAACGAGCCGACCCUGCAGGAUCCCGAACCCUCCGCAUUGAUCCAUCGACGACAAUUCUUUGGCGGAGCAAGUCUCAGAUCUUUGUCUAGGACAAUACAAGUGCUGCUAGAAGCUCCUCAAGACCUCUAGAUAUUCCUUCUGCCUCUGCCUCAGCCUCCUCUUUGACUCCUCUGAGGGCCGUAGCACAUUUAAAAUACUGCCGCCACGAUCUUUUCUCCUCCACAGGACGCUCUACGAAUCCCCAGCGCAGCCAGAAGAUACGCGGCGGAGGACACAGCAGACGAAGUCAGUGCCUAGGGUUACACACAGCAGAGUUGCGAUACCCUCGAGUGUUUGGAAGCGCAGGGAGCCUGAAGCGGCAAGGAAGGCUGCAGUCAGCCUCGACCCUCUUCGAUAACCUCAAAUCCAUCCGCCAGCCUGGCCCACGCCCAUAACCCAACCUUCACCAAGGUCCCAGUCUACAUCUACCCCGUUGGCCACGUCGCCAGGUCGCAUGUCCCUUCACAUGCCUCCCACGAAUCCCAGAAAGAGAGCUGCACCGGGGUCCUCGCCAGCCGUCCAAAACACCCAAAUGUCACAGUCUUACAAUGUACCUGGCCAGGUCUCGAAUGCCGACUUCCUUAACUGGAACCAGCAGCCUGACAACAACACACGCUUCGCUGAUGAGACCGGCUUCAAUAUGAAUAAUUUCUCCGGCGCUCAAACGUCACAACCCCAAUUCGAUCAGUCAAUUCCUGCCGCGGCUUCAACACAACUUGCGCGCCGGCCCAUGAACAACCGACAACUCGUCCCAACUGCACAACGGAUGGCAUAUGACAACCAAACUGAUCCUUGGGGCCAGUUUGGAGAUGAUUCGAUACUUGAUCCUCAGAACGGAAAUGGUGUGAUGGAGGAGAAUGACACUAUCGAGCUCUUGGAGGAGCGGGCCGCGGUUGCAAAGAGAGAUGCGCAAUCGAAGCGCAAACAGAUUCCCCCAUUUGUUCAGAAGCUAAGCAGCUUCCUCGACGAGUCGAAAAAUACCGAGCUCAUUCGGUGGUCUGACCGAGGCGACUCGUUUGUUGUCUUGGACGAGGACGAGUUUGCAAAGACGCUGAUCCCCGAGCUUUUCAAGCACAACAAUUAUGCAUCCUUCGUCCGGCAGCUGAAUAUGUAUGGUUUUCACAAGAGAGUCGGGCUGUCGGAUAAUUCGAUGAAAGCGAGUGAGAGAAAGAAUAAGAGCCCCAGCGAGUACUACAACCCAUACUUUAAACGUGGCCACCCAAAUCUACUUUGGCUUAUCAACAAGCCCAAAGGUGGAAAUUCGAAAACCAAGAAGAACAGAGUCAAGAACGAAGAAGGGCAAGAUGGAGACAGCGAUGAUGAUGGAAGGGAGAUGGAAGAGGUCUACGGCAACAACGUUCAGCAAUCGAGAGCUCUCUCAGCUGGCCCCGAGUCGGGUCCCCUUCAACGACGGGAUGUGGCAGCUCUCCAGAAUCAGCUAGCCGAGAUCCAAAAACAACAAGGCAACAUUACAACGGCCAUCGCACGCCUACGGAAGGAUCACAACCAGCUCUACCAACAGUCAAUAGCCUUCCAGUCGCUUCACGAUAGGCACGAAAACUCUAUCAACGCUAUUCUCACGUUUCUUGCUACUGUAUACAACAGAAGUCUUGAUGGGCAAGGUCCUCAAAAUAUUGCCCAAAUGUUCGCAAGUGGACUCAAUCACAAUGACCCGCAGCAUCAGGGCAGUGUAGUGGAUAUUGGAGAUGUCUCGAAUCAACAGCAACAGAAUCCUGGUAAUAUGAGCCCACUCAGAAGACCGCAGAGACUUCUUAUGGCACCGCCUGGUGCUGGCGGCCGACUUACCACAGCUUCUCCAUCUUCAACCCCGACUCCUCGGCCGCAUGCCUACCAAAGUACCCCGAAUUCCGCGAAUAUUGAAGAACUCUUCGAUACUCCAGCUGAAACGCCCCAACCUGAGUUCAAGCCUGAUAUGAGCCGCCAACAAGCACAAAUUCCUCAAUCAAACAUGAUGAUGAACAUCAUUCAAGACACCAACGCCCAGAACCAACCGAACAACAACAGUGCCAUGCAAUUUCCAGAGAUGCUCUCCCACUACGAAAACUCCAAUGGAAAUUCACCCCUCACCAACGAACAGCGAAAUAGCAUGCUUAACCUAAUGGCGAACACCUCCUCAGCAGGCGGCAACAACGCUCUGACCAGCCCUACGCCACCUCCACCGCCGAGCCUCGAAGAACUGGGCUACACGCAGAAAGAGAUCGACGAGCUGAUGCGCCUCCAAGCCGAGCAAGAACACCGCAUCAAUGACGUCAAAUCCACCCUCGCACCCCUCAGUCCAUCCGGUUCCAUCCCCGGCAUCGACGGCGACACCUACUUCAACGGCAUGGACUCUUCUAACCCUGACGCCGCGAACCUCGAUCUCGACCAAUUCCUCGACACCGGAGCAUUCUACACAGGCAGCAGCCCGAUGGCCAACAACGGAGAUUACAGCUUUGACAGUUUCGGCGACUCGGGUGCCUUGGGAGAGAGCCAUUUCGAUGUCGGCAUGGAUGGCACGAACGAUGAUAGUGGACGGGUAGAGAGUCUCAAUGGAAGUGCGGUCGCUACGCCGGAAGUUAGUACACCGGAGGACACUAAGGAUAUGAAUGGCAUGCGCAGUCCUAGCAAAAAGCGGCGGAAGAACUGAUUGGAGGGUUAUCGAGAGGUGCCGUUAUCAUUACAAUGCGUCUGGAACGAGUGUGUAAGUGCAUAGUUGGGUCGGAUUGGAUGAUUGAAAGAGAGGAAGGAAGAAAGAAGAGAGAGAAAGAACGGUUGGGUUGGUGGAUGGCUUACAGGACGGAGGAAAGAUUUGAUUGGUUUCACAUGGCGUUACGGAACGGUGGUCUGUUUCUCGUUGUGGAGCGUUUUAUGAGAUAUGAUAAUAUGAUAUCAUGAGCUGAGCGAGAGCCGAGCUUGACCUGACUGAAGGCUGGAAAAGGGUUGGGAAGGAGGCUAGAAUAUGUGAAAGUGGUAUGGUAGAAGUAGCAUGUAUAGAUGGAUGGUUCGUUGCAGCACCUCGAUGUCUUCUCCUUUUUGCCGCGUCCUAUCUUCCUGUUUCUCUUUUCAGUCCCUUCUGUUCAACGUCGCCCGUUCUCAAAUUCUUGAACUCUUUUCAACCCAAGUGGGAUACAUGUGAUUGCUAUUUCCUUGUCAGUAUACUUCGCUGUGGCCCGUUCUCGAGACAAGAAUCGCAAAUCAGUCAGGCCUUCGCCAAGCGAGUAGCGUCAGCAUCGACAAUCCAGAAGAAUGUUCAACAAUCUGGCGCAGGUCAUGCGCAGGUCAUGGCAGCCAGCUUGGCAGAACUGAGAAGAACACAAUGGUCCACUUCCAUCGAUAUACACCCCAAGUGCUCAGGUAUCUUCACUCAGUGAGUCCUGCCAAGCGUACCUCGUCUCUCUCAUUCCCUGCUGCCUAAGAAAUUGUAUCAACUUCCUCAAGCCAAGCCAACCCUAUAUCCCCCAACCCACUAUCUCCACUACGCCAUCACAAACGUGCUUACGGCCGAGAAACAAACCACAAGUCUAUCACUCCCCACAAUAGAUGCGGCUCUCCCCCCAAACUCGCCUAAACGGGAUUCUCGGACACCCGAGUAGUGCGAGGGGCAAUGC